GACACACGUUCAGUGAUUCCUGUGCAGCGCAGACGCUCAGAUUUAAAAUGGCUGUUUUUGAGACACUUCUGCAGUUUUCCAGCAGUGGUACAAUACUGGCUGCCUUGCUUGUGUUUUUGGUUUUAUAUGUGCUUUCAUCCAACUCCAAAUCUCACAAAGAAGGAAAAGAUCCACCAGGACCCAAACCACUUCCAGUAUUGGGAAACCUGCUAACGCUGGACCUGGAAAGACCUUUUGAUACUCUCUGUGAGCUUUCCAAAACAUAUGGAAACGUAUUCCAAGUGUUUUUUGGUCCCAGUAAAGUCGUGGUCUUGACUGGAUACAAAACGGUUAAAGAGGCGCUCGUGAACCGAGCAGAAGAGUUUGGAGAUCGAGAUAUUCAACCUGCUUUCAAACUACUUGGCGAUAAUCACGGGAUCCUCUUUGCCAACGGAGAGAGCUGGAAAGAGAUGAGACGCUUCGCUCUGACUAACCUGCGUGACUUUGGGAUGGGCAAGAGAGGAUGUGAAGACAAAAUCGUAGAGGAAAUUCAGUAUCUGAAAGAAGAGUUUGAGAAAUUUCAAGGAAAAGCCUUUGAUACAACUCAACCUGUGAACUACGCUGUAUCAAACAUCAUCUCAUCUAUUGUGUAUGGCAACAGAUUUGAAUACACAGAUCCUAACUUCAGAGCAAUGGUCGACAGGGCAAAUGAAAACGUUCGGCUUGGGGGAUCUGCUUCUUUGCGGUUGUAUAACAUGUUUCCAUGGCUGGGUCCAUUCUUGAACAGCAAAAAGGCCAUCCUAAAAAAUGCUCUAAAUAACAAAGAGUCAAUAAAACAGUUGAUAUCUGAGCUGUUAGAGACCCUGAACCCACAGGACAGCAGAGGAUUUGUUGACUCCUUUCUCAUCCGAAAACAGAGCGACGAGAAAUCCAACAAGAAGGACUCAUAUUUCCACCAGGAUAAUCUUCUCCUGUGUGUGUUAAAUCUUUUUGUUGCUGGUACUGACACUACAGGAACAACAUUGCGCUGGGGUUUGAUGAUUAUGGCCAAAUACCCUCAUAUCCAAGAUCGAGUUCAAGAGGAGAUUGACAGAGUGAUCGGUGGACGUCAGCCAAUGGUGGACGACAGAAAGAAUUUACCUUACACAGAUGCUGUGAUCCAUGAAGUACAGAGACUGGCCAACAUAGUGCCAAUGAAUCUACCACAUACGACCAGCUGUGAUGUAAACUUCAAUGGAUAUUUCAUUAAGAAGGGUACCACUGUAAUUCCUCUGUUGACGUCUGUAUUAAGGGAUGAGAGUGUUUGGAAGAAACCACACAGCUUUUAUCCAGAACACUUUCUUGAUGAGAAGGGCCAGUUUGUUAAGAACGAUGCUUUCAUGCCCUUUUCUGCAGGCCGCAGGAUUUGUCUAGGAGAGAGUUUGGCCAGGAUGGAGCUCUUUCUUUUCUUCACCUCCCUUCUUCAGAUCUUCCGCUUCACUCCUCCACCCGGAGUGUCUGGAGAUGAACUGGAUCUCAAAGGAAUUGUUGGAAUCACAUUGAAUCCAUCACCACACAAACUGUGUGCCGUCAAACGUUCUUGAAUAUUGAUCCACAUAUGGAUAAAUAGAUGUUAGCACUAAUUUUACAAAAUGCACAAACUGUAAAUAUGUAAAUAAUGAAAACAAUUAUUAAAUUAUUAAUAAUUAUUAAAUUAUUAUUACAACUUUUUGAAAAAAAAAAAAACCCUUCCAAUAGGGUGACAAUCAGACUUACAUAAGUGAUUUGUCAAUCUGAGACACUGAGGGUAGCAUAAGUACUUUUAAAUGAGAUUAAUGCUAAUUAAUGGAUACACAUAACAUAAACACUGUCAUUGAUUGUCCACGUAACAUUGUUCAGUAUUAAGAGUCAGGUGUAAUCUUAUGAACUGGCUUAUUUUUUUACAAAUUAUGUUAUUAUUGUUGUGAACUUUCUGUAAACUCUUAAUUUUCCAAAUGCCUUUUCCUUAUACAAACUUUUUAGCAUUUUAAACGUAUGACCUUAACUGUACCAAUAAAAGAAAAUGACACUGUAAA